AAAAGCGCAAGUGCCCACGAAGAGGGAAGGAGAGGAGCAGGGGAGGCCGAGCGAGGAGGAGCCCAAAGCUGGCAGCCCGGGAGGACCCGCAGGGGAGCCGGGCUGGGGGGGACCGCCUGGACAUGCAGCUCUGGGGGUUGCUCCUCUACGCGGCGGCGGCGGCGGCAGCGGCGGCGGCCCUGGCCCUGGCCGGCAGCCCCGAGUGCGGGCUGGAAGAGCGCUCGCGGCGGGCGCGGAGGGAGACCCGGCAGCAGCAGCAGCAGCAACAGCAGCAGCCGCCCGCCCGGCAGCCCCUCCUCCACUACCCCGCGCCGGGCACCUGCGCCACCCGGCUGGCGCGGGGCAGGCGCUCCUCGGCCGGGGCGGGCGGGCCGGAGGCGGCGCGCGUCUCCCGCAGGAGGCGAGCGCGGGAGGCGGCGGCGGCGGAGGGUGGAGGCGGCGGCGGCGGCGGCGGCGGGGAGCCGAGCCGGGCGCUCUACUUCGGCGGCCAAGGGGGUCAGCUGCGGCUGAAGGCGGAGCUAGAGUUACCCCGGGAUGCCUUGACGGUGCAAGCGUGGCUGCGGGCCGAGGGCGGGCAGAAGGCGCCGGCUGUCAUCGCGGGGUUGUAUGACAAAUGUUCUUAUAUCACCCGUGACCGAGGAUGGGUCCUGGGGAUUAACACCGUCAGCGACCAAGGGAACCGAGACCCUCGCUUUUUCUUUUCCCUGAAGACCGAUCGUGCCCGGAAAGUAACUACGAUCACAGACCAUCGUAGCUACGCCCCAAAUCAAUGGGUCCACCUCGCUGUCACUUAUGAUGGGCGCUUGAUGAAACUCUACGUCAAUGGCGCCCAGGUGGCCACCAGUGGGGAACAGGUAGGAAGCAUCUUCAGCCCUUUGACCUUGAAGUGCAAAGUACUCAUGCUUGGAGGGAAUGUCCUGAAACAGAACUACCGAGGCCACAUAGAACAUUUCAGUCUUUGGCGAACCGCCCGGUCUCAGAAGGAGAUCUUGUCGGACAUGGCCCAGGUGACUCACGCUGCCGAUGCUCCUCUACCUCAGCUUGUUUUCCAGGAGAAUUUACUGAAUGUGAAAAGUACCUGGUCGCUCAUGAAGGACAGCCCUAGUCCCCAGGUUGAGUUCACUACCCACUCUGGCUAUCUCCUGGACACCAGCCUAGAUCCCCCCUUGUGUGGGCAGACGGUCUGUGACAACGUGGAGGUCAUUGGCAGCUACAACCGGCUCCUGAGUUUCCGCCGCAGGAAGACCGUGCGCUACCGGGUGGUGAACAUCUACGACGACCACCGCCGGAACCCGACCGUCAGCCGCCAGCAGAUCGAAUUCCAGCACCAGCACCUGAACGACGCUUUUAGCCCCUACAACAUCACCUGGGAGUUGGAGGUGUUGGAGGUGACUAAUUCCUCCCUCCGACACCGCCUCAUCCUGGCCAACUGCGAGAUCAGCAAGAUCGGAGACGAACGCUGCGACCUGGAGUGCAAUCAUACCCUGACCGGGUAUGACGGAGGGGACUGCUGGCAUAUGCGUGCGUCCUCGACCAGCAAGAAGAAACAGAACGGCGUGUGCGACAUGGACUGUAACUACGAGAGGUUCAGCUUUGACGGUGGGGAUUGCUGCAACCCGGAGAUAACGGAUGUCACCAAGACGUGCUUUGAACCGGACUCUCCUCACAGAGCAUACUUAGACGUCAAGGAGCUCAAGAACCAGCUCAAGCUGGAUGGCUCCACACACCUCAACAUCUUCUUCGCGAACUCCUCUGAAGAAGAGCUGGCAGGUGUGGCAACCUGGCCAUGGGACAAGGAAGCUCUGCUGCACUUGGGAGGAAUUGUGCUGAAUCCAUCCUUCUAUGGAAUUGCGGGUCACACCCACACCAUGAUCCACGAAAUUGGGCACAGCCUGGGGCUCUACCACGUCUUCCGAGGAGUCUCCGAGAUCCUCUCCUGCAGCGACCCCUGCAUGGAAACAGAGCCCUCCUUCGAGACUGGGGACCUCUGUCACGACACCAACCCAGCCCCGAAACACAAGCUCUGCGAUGACCCGGCACCUGGCAACGAUAUGUGUGGAUUCCGCAGCUUCCAGGACACUCCGUUCAACAACUUCAUGAGCUACACAGAUGAUGACUGCACCAACUCCUUCACGCCCAACCAAGUGGCCAGGAUGCAUUGCUAUUUGGAUCUGGUGUACCAAAGCUGGCAGCCUGUCAAGAAACCCGCCCCCAUAGCCAUCACGCCGCAGAUCGUGGAGCGGGCGGGGACCUCCGUCACCCUGGAAUGGUUUCCCCCUAUUGAUCAGCACUUCUUUGAAAGAGAAGUGGGAUCAGCAUGUGAUCUGUGUGUGGAAGGCCGAAUCCUCGUGCAGUAUGCCUUCAGUGCCUCUUCGCCAAUGCCGUGCGACCCUUCUGGCCAUUGGAGCCCACGAGAAGCAGAAGGUCACCCCGAUGUGGAGCAGCCGUGCAAAGCCAGUGUUAGAACUUGGAGUCCCAAUGCUGCCGUCAUGAGGCAGACAGUCCCACCGGUCUGUCCUGAACCUCAGGGCUGCUACUUAGAGCUCAUGUUUCAGUACCCUGUGAUCCCGGAGUCCCUGACCAUCUGGGUGACCUUCGUGUCGCCUGACUGGGAUUCCCCUGAAGCGGUGAAUGACAUUAAGCUCUUGAUGGUCAGUGGGGGAAACAUCUCCCUUGGGCCACAGAACUUCUUCUGCGACAUUCCCAUGACCAUCAGGCUGGACCCUAAGAAGGUGACCGAGGAGGUCUACGGCAUUCAGAUCUACACCUUAGAUGAACACCUGGAGAUUGAUGCCACCAUGAUCACAUCCAUCCCACAGAGUGCCUUGUGUGCCAAAUGCCGGCCCAUCUUGUACAAGGUGGUCCGGGAUCCUCCCCUCCGGAAAGGCUCUCCGGUCAUCAUCUCGGACCUCAGCCGGAAAUUUGUAGACACUGAGGUGAGAGCGGGCAGCUUAUACACUUACUGGGUUUCUGUCAUUUCCGGGACGGAAGAAAGUGAAGCUUCCCCUCCGCUGGUCUAUGUCCACGGAAGCGGCUACUGUGGCGAUGGAAUUAUCCAAAGAGACCUUGGGGAAGAGUGUGAUGAUAUGAACAAGAUCAACGGAGAUGGCUGUACCCUCUUCUGCAGGCAGGAGCUGUCCUUCAAUUGUGUUGAUGAACCAAGCCGGUGCUACUUCCACGACGGUGAUGGUGUGUGUGAAGAGUUUGAGCAAAUGACCAGCAUAAUCGACUGUGGGGUCUACACCCCCAAAGGCUUCCUGGACCAAUGGGCUUCCAACGUGUCUGUCUCGCAUCAUGACGAGCGAUGCCCAGGAUUGGUGGUGAUAGGCCAGCCAGCAGCAAAUCAGAUGUGCCGGACCAAGGUGUACGACUUGAGCGAUGGGAUGUCUCAAUAUGCCUGGUACCCUUGCACGGCCAACAACACAUCCACCCAUUUCUGGCUCAAGGCACACUUCUCACAGCCCAUGGUAGCUGCCGCUGUGAUCAUUCACUUGGUUACGGAUGGAUCUGAUGAGCUUGAACAGAAGCAGGAGACCAUCUCUGUGCAGCUGCUUGACACGAAAGACCAGAGCCAUGACCUCGGUGUCCACGGACUGAGCUGCAGGAACAAUCCCUUGAUUAUUCCGGUCAUUCACGACCUCAGCCAGCAUUUCUACCACACCCAGGCGAUCCUCGUCUCCUUCGGCUCCCAGUACGUGGCCAUCUCCGGGGUGGCCUUGCGCUCCUUCCUCAACUUUGACCCCAUCACCGUCAGCAGCUGCCAGAGCGGACAGACCUACAGUCCAGCCGAGCAGAGCUGCAUCCACUACUCCUGCAAAGCCACUGACUGCCAAGAACUGGAGAUUGAGAAUGCCAUUCUCGCCUUCACCAGUGGGGGGCACUUCAAUGGUGCUGAGUGCAACGUUACUUGCAAGAUAGGCCACGUCCUCCAGAUACGCCGAGAUGAUGACCUUGCGAAGAACCAGCUGGAGUCCAGCAUCACCGUGACCUGUGUGGACGGGAAGUGGAACAAGCAGGUGGCUUGCGAGCCCAUCGACUGUGGCGUCCCCGACCAGUACCAUGUCUACCCGGCCACUUUCAACUGCAGCGAGGGCACCACCUUUGGCAAGAGAUGCUCCUUCUCCUGCAAGCCCCCAGCCCUGCUGAAAGGAAAUAACAGCAGCCUGACAUGCAUGGAGGAUGGGCUGUGGUCCUUCCCUGAAGCCCUCUGCGAGCUGAUGUGCCGGGCUCCCCCUCUGGUCCCCAACGCAGACCUCCAGACCGCUCGCUGCCGUGAAGAGAAGCACAAGGUUGGGUCCUUCUGCAAGUAUAAAUGCAGACCAGGAUACCACGUCCCAGGCUCUUCUAGGAAGGCAAGGAAGAGGGCCUUCAAGAUCCAGUGUGUUCAAGAUGGAACGUGGCUAGAAGGAGCGUGUAUCCCAGUCACCUGCGAACCUCCGCCCUCCAAAUUCCACGGACUUUACCAGUGCACCAACGGCUUCCAGUUCAACAGUGAGUGCAGGAUCGAGUGCGAGGAGGAUGAAGCCCAAUCCGGCCACGGGAACGUCAUCCACUGCCGGAAGGACGGCACCUGGAGCGGCUCGUUCCACCUCUGCCGCGGCAUGCAAGGCCACUGCCUCCUGCCCAGACAGCUCAACGGCGGCCUGAAGCUACAGUGUCCGGACGGAUACGGCAUAGGAGCCGAGUGUGCUAUCUUGUGCCCGGUACUUCAGAGUGAAUCCAUCCUGUUGCGUGCCAAUGAGACGGUGCAAGACAUCCAGCACUGGAUGAAUCCUCCAAGAGUGAAGAACGUUGUCUGCACGGCCGAACUGAAGUGGUACCCGAAUCCUGCACUGAUUCACUGCAUCAAAGGCUGUGAGCCUUUCAAGGGAGACAACUACUGUGACUCUAGCAACAACCGGGCAUUUUGCAACUACGAUGGAGGUGACUGCUGUGUAUCCACAGUCAAGACUAAAAAGGUCACUCCCUUCCCCAUGUCCUGUGAUCUGCAAGGAGACUGUGCUUGUCGUGAUCCCAACGCUCAAGAAAACAGCCGACGGGAGCUCCGUGGCUUCAGCUUUGGAUAAAUGCACAGUGAUGAGGAAAGAA